AUGAAGAUAGGAAAUUGGGGACCUGUUGGGGCCCAGCCCCUACUAAUGGUGCCCAGACGACCUGGAUAUGGCACCAUGGGCAAACCCAUUAAACUGCUGGCUAACUGUUUUCAAGUGGAAAUCCCAAAGAUUGAUGUCUACCUCUAUGAGGUGGAUAUUAAACCAGACAAGUGUCCUAGAAGAGUAAACAGGGAGGUGGUUGACUCAAUGGUUCAGCAUUUUAAAGUAACUAUAUUUGGGGACCGUAGACCAGUUUAUGAUGGAAAAAGAAGCCUUUAUACAGCCAAUCCACUUCCUGUGGCAACUGCUGGGGUAGAUUUAGAUGUUACAUUACCUGGGGAAGGUGGAAAAGAUCGACCUUUCAAGGUGUCAAUCAAAUUUGUAUCUCGAGUGAGCUGGCAUCUACUGCACGAAGUACUGACAGGACGGACCUUGCCUGAGCCACUGGAAUUAGACAAGCCAAUCAGCACUAAUCCUGUCCAUGCUGUUGAUGUGGUGCUACGACAUUUGCCCUCCAUGAAAUACACACCUGUGGGCCGUUCCUUUUUCUCAGCUCCAGAAGGAUAUGACCACCCUCUGGGAGGGGGCAGGGAAGUAUGGUUUGGAUUCCAUCAAUCUGUUCGACCUGCCAUGUGGAAAAUGAUGCUUAAUAUUGAUGUUUCUGCCACUGCCUUCUACAAAGCACAACCUGUAAUUCAGUUCAUGUGUGAAGUUCUUGACAUUCAUAACAUUGAUGAACAACCAAGACCUCUGACUGAUUCUCAUCGGGUAAAAUUCACCAAAGAGAUAAAAGGUCUGAAGGUUGAAGUGACUCAUUGUGGAACAAUGAGACGGAAAUACCGUGUUUGUAAUGUAACAAGAAGACCUGCCAGUCAUCAAACCUUUCCUUUGCAGUUAGAAAACGGCCAAACUGUGGAGAGAACAGUAGCACAGUAUUUCAGAGAAAAGUAUACUCUUCAGCUGAAGUACCCACAUCUUCCUUGUCUGCAAGUGGGGCAGGAGCAGAAACAUACUUACCUUCCACUAGAAGUGUGUAAUAUUGUGGCAGGGCAGCGGUGUAUCAAGAAGCUAACGGACAAUCAGACCUCCACUAUGAUCAAGGCAACAGCAAGAUCUGCACCAGAUAGACAAGAGGAAAUUAGCCGAUUGGUAAGAAGUGCAAACUAUGAAACAGAUUCAUUUGUUCAGGAGUUUCAAUUUAAAGUUCGGGAUGAAAUGGCCCAUGUAACAGGACGUGUACUACCAGCACCUAUGCUACAGUAUGGAGGACGGAAUCGAACUGUAGCAACACCAAGUCAUGGAGUAUGGGACAUGCGAGGGAAACAGUUCCAUACAGGAGUUGAAAUAAAAAUGUGGGCUAUAGCUUGUUUUGCCACACAGAGGCAGUGCAGAGAAGAAAUACUGAAGGGUUUCACCGACCAACUGCGGAAGAUUUCCAAGGAUGCAGGAAUGCCCAUCCAGGGUCAGCCUUGCUUCUGUAAAUAUGCGCAGGGGGCAGACAGUGUGGAGCCCAUGUUCCGGCAUCUCAAGAACACCUACUCAGGGCUGCAGCUCAUUAUCGUUAUCCUGCCAGGGAAGACGCCAGUGUAUGCGGAGGUGAAACGUGUAGGAGACACACUUUUGGGUAUGGCUACACAGUGUGUUCAAGUCAAGAAUGUAAUAAAAACAUCUCCUCAAACUCUCUCAAACCUGUGCCUAAAAAUAAAUGUUAAACUUGGAGGGAUCAAUAAUAUUCUUGUACCUCAUCAAAGACCGUCUGUGUUCCAGCAACCAGUGAUCUUUUUGGGAGCAGAUGUCACUCAUCCACCUGCUGGGGAUGGGAAGAAGCCUUCUAUUGCUGCUGUUGUUGGUAGUAUGGAUGCCCAUCCAAGCAGAUACUGUGCCACAGUAAGAGUUCAGAGACCCCGACAGGAAAUCAUCCAGGACUUGGCCUCUAUGGUUCGGGAACUUCUCAUUCAAUUUUAUAAGUCAACUCGAUUCAAACCUACUCGUAUCAUCUUUUAUCGAGAUGGUGUCUCAGAGGGACAGUUUAGACAGGUAUUAUAUUAUGAACUACUAGCAAUUCGAGAAGCAUGCAUCAGUUUGGAGAAAGACUAUCAACCUGGAAUAACUUACAUUGUAGUUCAGAAGAGACAUCACACUCGGUUGUUUUGUGCCGAUAGAACAGAAAGGGGUACCAGCCGCCCCUCACACUAUCAUGUUUUAUGGGAUGAUAACUGCUUUACUGCAGAUGAACUUCAGCUGCUAACUUACCAGCUCUGCCAUACCUAUGUGCGCUGUACACGGUCUGUUUCUAUACCUGCACCAGCGUAUUAUGCUCACCUGGUGGCAUUCAGAGCCAGAUACCAUCUUGUGGACAAAGAACAUGACAGUGCUGAAGGAAGUCAUGUUUCAGGACAGAGCAAUGGACGAGAUCCACAGGCUCUUGCUAAGGCUGUACAGAUUCACCAAGAUACCUUACGCACAAUGUACUUUGCUUAA